GACAAUUUUGUUGGGGGAAGUUGAGAUGGAGAGUUCAGCGACAUUGAUUGCCCCGCCCCCGCAGCCUCCGCCUCCUCCUCAAGCGUCGGCGAGGCAGUACGGAGUGACACGGCCAAUAUCGACAGCGGGGCCCACCGAAGCCGAUAUUCAAAUGAAUAUGGAGUUGGAGAAGUUUUUGAUUGAAGAAGCUGGAGUAUAUGAGAGCAAAGAGGAAGCUACCAAGGGAGAGCAAGUUCUUCAGCGAAUUGAGCAGAUUGUUAAGGAUUGGGUGAAGCAACUUACUCGCUCGAGAGGAUACACAGAGCAAAUGGUUGAGGAUGCUAAUGCUCUUAUUUUUACAUUUGGCUCCUAUAGGCUUGGGGUACAUUAUCCUGGGGAUGAAAUAGAAAUGUUAUGUGUCGGGCCAUCCUACGUCAAUGGAGAGGAAGACUUCUUCUUUAUAUUGCAAAACAUUCUGGCUGAGAUGGAAGAGGUGACUGAACUGCAACCACUUCCAGAUGCUCAUAUUCCUGUGAUGAAAUUUAAGUUUGAUGGAGUACCGAUCGACCUCCUUUAUGCAAGCAUUUCUCUCUUGGUUGUACCAGAAGACCUGGACAUUUCUGAUGCAUCUCUGUUGUAUGAUGUUGACGAGCAUACUAUUCGAAGUCUUAAUUGCUGCAGGGUUGCAGAUCAAAUUCUAAAACUUGUUCCAAAUGUUGAGCAUUUCUGUGCAACAUUGAGAUGCUUGAAGUUUUGGGCGAAAAGGCGCGGUGUUUAUUCCAAUGUUAUUGGAUUUCUUGGUGGAGUGGACUGGGCUAUUCUUGUUGCCCGGGUGUGCCAGCUUUAUCCAAAUGCAGUUCCCAGCAUGCUGGUUUCUAGAUUUUUUAGAGUAUAUACACAGUGGCGUUGGCCAAAUCCUGUAAUGUUAUGUGCCAUUGAGGAGGAUGAACUUGGUUUUUCUGUCUGGGACCCGCGUAAAAAUCCUCAUGACCGGACUCAUCACAUGCCAAUUAUAACCCCUGCCUACCCUUGUAUGAACUCCAGCUACAAUGUGUCACAAAGUACCCUGCGUGUUAUGGUGGAGCAGUUUCAAUAUAGCAACAACAUCUGUGAGAAAGUGGAGCUUUUUAAAGCUGAGUGGUGUGCUUUGUUCGAACCAUACUUGUUGUUUGAAAGCUACAAGAACUAUCUUCAGGUUGACAUAGUUGCUGCUGAUGUUGAUGACUUGCGUGCUUGGAAAGGCUGGGUCGAAUCUCACCUAAACCAACUGACUCUAAUGAUUGAAAGGGAUACUUUAGGGAUGUUGCAAUGCCAUACUUAUCCCUGUGAGUAUGUCGAUACGAACAAACAAUGCGCACAUAGUGCCUUUUUUAUGGGUUUGCAGAAGAAGCAGGGGGAAAAGAUUCAGGGUCAGCAGUUCGAUAUACGAGGAACUGUUGAUGAGUUCAGGCAUUCUGUUAAUAUGUACAUGUUUUGGAAACCGGGGAUGGAAAUUUAUGUUUCUCAUGUUCGUAGAAGGCUACUACCUCCGUAUGUGUUUCCAGAUGGUUGUAGACCACGUUGACCGUCUAGACGUACGGCGCAACAUCAAGCUGAUAACUUGUCUUGUGAUGAUGGAGAAGUAGCCCCAUAAAGACUGUAAUCUUUAGUAGUAAUGGAAACUUCAGAAAGAACAAAUUUCAGCCAAAGGAAGGAUACUAUUUUGGUGGAGAUUUGAGCUUAACAA